AAAGAAAAAAACUCUGAAAAGCAGUGGCUACUGGCUCGUUCUAUCAAAAUAUACAUUGGUUUCUUCACCACCGCUCCUUCUCUUUCUCUGUUUCUUUCACUCCAUCUCUCUCUAGAUUUCCACUUUCUCCCUCUAGAGAUUCAGAGAAAUCUGGAGUUUGCCUUUUCAUUUCUCUUUGGGAUUAGUGGUCGUGGAGUGUAGGUUUAGGGUUACGGAAUUCGAAGGGGAUCUCGAUCUGUUGUUGGAGUAUUAGCGGAAGAUGAGUUUGGAUUCGGUCCCUUCGAACUCUCAUGGAAACCUGGACGAACAGAUUUCGCAGCUCAUGCAGUGCAAGCCCCUUUCGGAGCAAGAGGUUAGGGUGUUGUGUGACAAGGCUAAAGAGAUUUUAAUGGACGAAAGCAAUGUUCAGCCGGUGAAAAGCCCUGUUACAAUUUGUGGUGAUAUUCACGGGCAAUUCCAUGAUCUUGCUGAGCUUUUUCGCAUCGGAGGGAAGUGCCCAGAUACAAACUAUUUGUUCAUGGGAGACUACGUUGAUCGUGGCUACUACUCUGUUGAAACUGUAACACUGUUGGUAGCAUUGAAAGUGCGCUAUCCUCAACGGAUUACUAUUCUGAGAGGAAAUCAUGAAAGUCGUCAGAUUACUCAAGUAUAUGGGUUUUAUGAUGAAUGCCUGAGGAAGUAUGGCAAUGCCAAUGUGUGGAAGAUCUUCACGGAUCUCUUUGACUAUUUUCCACUGACAGCAUUGGUUGAAUCAGAAAUAUUUUGUCUCCACGGUGGAUUGUCUCCUUCCAUUGAAACCCUUGAUAACAUACGUAAUUUUGACCGUGUGCAAGAAGUACCUCAUGAAGGUCCAAUGUGCGACCUUCUUUGGUCUGACCCAGAUGAUCGUUGUGGCUGGGGUAUCUCACCUAGAGGGGCAGGAUAUACUUUUGGUCAGGAUAUAUCGGAACAAUUUAAUCACUCAAAUAACUUAAAGCUGAUUGCGAGGGCUCACCAAUUGGUUAUGGAAGGAUACAACUGGGGUCAUGAACAAAAGGUGGUAACUAUAUUCAGUGCGCCUAACUACUGUUAUCGAUGCGGAAACAUGGCAUCUAUCCUUGAAGUUGAUGACUGCAAGGGACACACAUUUAUCCAGUUUGAGCCUGCUCCUAGAAGGGGAGAGCCAGAUGUGACCCGGAGGACUCCUGAUUACUUCCUAUGAUGCGAUUGACAUCAGUGUUACCGUAUUGGUUUCUGGUAUCCACUGGCUGUUUUAUUUGUUGACAGGUAUUUUAAAACUAAGAGUACAUUCUGGUAGUGGUUGGGCAGCAAAAUACAUGUAAGAUGGGCAGGUGAGGCUUCGUUGAUUUGAUUGUUCAUUUGAGUUGGUUGAGUAUUCCACAACAGGGAGGCAGCGAAGCUGGUCAUGCAGUAGCAGCUUGUGUACAAUUUUCAGCGAACAAUAUGGAAUCUUACAUUUCAUUGUUGUUUUUUCUCCAUUUGUUUUGUUCUUCUAGGGUGGCUGUUGGGCCAUGGAAUUUGUAGAGGGACGACGAACGACGAACUUUUCUUGUAAUGGGUAAUAGGUGCUGCUGUUAUGUUUGAAAUAAUACUACUCUAAUAUUGAUUUCUGAGUCUUGAUGGUUUUGCUGGGAGAGUUCCUUUCAGAUAUUGAUAUUUGAUGGAACCAUAGGUGUAUUUUCUUUAUGAUAGUAGAAAGACCGUUCUUGCGGGCAAGGUUGCUCCCAAUCGGUCAUUUAUGGCCAA